GCCUUAGGUGAAAACCAGUGCAGAGAUAUACGAACGGGGAGGCAGAAACGAGCGAUACCUUGAUUGGCAUCGCCUUGGCACCACACAAGUCCUGAUCAACAUCAUUCCCACCAAAAUCAUCCUAUAUGGUAAUGGCAGAGAUCGGUGGCCCAUUGGCACACCAACUACCCUUACACAAUCAUAGAGGUGGACUGGUGCAACCGUCGCUGGUAAUGAACCAUCACCUGGAUGCUUUGGACAGCACUUGCCAUGGACCAAACAUUCAUCCAAAAAAAGAACGCCUUUCCCUGUGCGUUGGAUGCGGUGGUCAGAUUCAUGAUCAGUACAUCCUGCGUGUCGCGCCGGACCUCGAGUGGCACGCAGCGUGCCUCAAGUGUCAGGAAUGUCGUCAAUUUCUGGACGAGAGCUGUACCUGUUUCGUGCGUGACGGCAAAACCUAUUGCAAGCGAGAUUAUGUGAGAUUAUUCGGUACCAAAUGUGAUAAGUGCGGUAGCUCUUUUAGCAAAAACGACUUCGUGAUGCGGGCCAAAACGAAAAUCUACCACAUAGAAUGCUUUCGAUGUUCGGCUUGCGCUCGGCAACUAAUACCAGGUGAUGAGUUUGCGCUCCGUGAUGGUGGUUCGCUUUACUGCAAGGAAGACCACGAUCAUCUGGAGAAAACGUCCCAAAAUGGCCUCAUACAGGGCGUCGAGCCCAACAACAAUAUCAGCGGCAAUGCCAACAACAACAACAACAACAACAUCAACAGUACCAAUAACAACAAUAAUAGCUUAAGCAAUAAUAAUCACUCGAGUGAACUGGGGUCCAUGUCAGAUUCGGGCAGUGAAUCGGGAUCUCACAAAAGUUUGCGUGGCAAAGGACCCACCGGACCAUCGGACGGUAAACCAACACGUGUGCGGACGGUGCUAAACGAGAAACAGCUACACACGCUACGUACGUGCUACAAUGCAAACCCACGACCCGACGCACUGAUGAAGGAGCAGCUAGUUGAAAUGACCGGUCUCUCACCGCGGGUUAUACGGGUUUGGUUCCAGAACAAGCGCUGCAAGGAUAAGAAAAAAACGAUCCAAAUGAAAUUGCAGAUGCAGCAAGAGAAGGAAGGACGAAAGUUGGGCUAUGGCAUGCAGGGUAUACCGAUGGUGGCCAGCUCACCUGUGAGGCACGACUCACCGCUUAAUCUGCACGGCCUCGAAGUGACCGCGUAUCAACCACCGUGGAAAGCACUGUCCGAUUUCGCCCUCCAUUCCGAUCUCGAUAGUAACGGAUCGAUCAACACCCACACACCUGCUUUCCAGCAUUUAGUCAAUCAGAUGCAUGGAUACGAUGUCGGCAAUGGCGGUGGAGGCGGUGGAGGUCCCGGCGGCGGUCCUGGUGGGAUGCCACCGAUGCCGGGCCAGGUUGGACAGGUCCCCCCGAUAGGGUCACACAUGGAUCUCAGCGGGCAUCAUCAUCCGGACAGUACGGACUCAUACGUAACCUAUCUCGAAAGUGACGACAGCAUGCAGGGCAGCCCUUAAGAACUUUGCUCACACAAAACCCAGACACCCAAGCUCCAUUAAGCGACGGACGGUGAACACAAUCGGAUGGCAAUAUGCGGCACACAGCUUUUAUUGAAGCAAACAAUAAUGUCCUUCAAACUGAAACGCACCAGAGAAUGAUAUUUUAAAGUGUACCAGUAAGCUUUUGGAUCGUUCCUUUCAAGCGCAGCUUCUCGAGGCACGGUCGUUCAUGUAAACUUCCUUAGACAAAAUAAUUUAAAGCGCAAACAAAAUCGAAGCUUUGGUUUCUGUUUCAUUUUCGGUUGGCAUGUUCUAUUUGUUUUAACUUAACUUUGCAAUAAGAAUGGACUAAACGGGGAAAAACUUUGACUUAAUGCAAAAGGGCUAAUGUUACAGAUAGAUUUAUACAUUGGUUACAGCGUGGACAGAAACUAAUUGCGCAAGUAAUAGCAAAUAGCAAAUAAAAGAGCCGAAAUGAAGGCUGAUUGUAAAUAAUGUAAAAAACAAAAACAAAACUACCACAUAGUAAACGUCCACUGAACACUUCUACCUACCGAAUCACUCACUCACGCGCCCAACACUGUUGCCACUGGCAUUUGAAAAGGAAGAUGGAUAUAGUGGAAGAAUAUUGAAAUGAUCAAAAUAGACAAUGUUCUAAGAGAUAAUACAGAACUUGAUACGAUUAGUAUGGUUACAUUUUACGUGUACACAAAAAACUAGAAACAAAGCAUGGAGAAAUAAAAACAUCCACGUACAGAUGGCGAACACAGGCGGGCAAACAAACGAAGCCGAACAUAUACUUUUCUCAUUAUGCCAGAGUUGCAAUAAUGCGAGAAAGGGGUUUUCGCCGACAAGCUGACAUACGAUAAUGAAUUCGAAACAUUCACAAAAAUGACAUCAUAAAGAGAAAAAUAUUUGUUUCUGUGCGUAAGUGAGGCCAUUACGUCGGUGCACUCAGUGAAGCAAAGCGAGUGAAUCGAAUACAAGAAGAAAACGGUGACGUCUGAGGAUGGAGACUUAGGUUUAAACAAUCUAAUCAUAUAAGAAAUAUCGGUAUUUAAAGAAAAAAAACAUUGAAAAGA